UGUCCCUCUUAGGUCACAUAAUCCGAUUAUAACAGCGGUCAACAACAGCUCUCUGGACUCUGGCUCACCUGUCUGCUGCAGAGAGGAGGAUGACAACUUCAGUCCUGGAGACACAACAGCCGAGCUAAUAGCAAUAUUUCAUCCAUUCACUCUCCUGCCAGUCUACUGCGCCACACUCCAGCCCCGUAGGUGGCCGUACUGCGCCUGUAAGCUUGUUUGCCGCAACAGACGUUAAAGCCCAACCAAGAAUAUCACGAAGAAGAAAAUCACUUCCGCAUAGUCACAGUUUAUCCUGCUCAUCCAGGCAUUCAUCAGCAGGUCACAACAUGGCAAAAUUAAAGGAUAAAAGACGGGAGAAAGUCAGUGUCGCCACUGAGAUUGACCGUUUGGAGGAGCGGAAGGCGCUUUGUAAAGACAACCUGGAGAGAGCAGAGUUCAAAAGCAGAAAAGAGAAGCUCUCUGAAAAGGAAAGGCAGGAACUGGAAGAUGAAAUGUCAAUCAUGAACGAGAGGGUGCAAAAGUUGGAUAAGGAGCUCGAGACACUAAGAGGAGAGAAUCGGAAGAACAUGCUGCUAUCAGUCGCUCUGCUGGUUUUCAGUGCCCUCUUCUACUACAUCUUUGUCUACAAGGAAGACGAGUCAUGAUACCACCCGGUAUUUUUAAAGGACCCACUAAAAAAAAAAAAAAAAAAAAACACCUCAGGACAACGUUGUCAUGAAACAAAACAAGAGGUCUGUGUACACAGGGAUUAAAUGCAUGGGAAAAUUUAAGAUGUUUGUUGAUGCAGUAUCAGAGCUGUGCCUCUAGAUGGCACCACUGUCAUAUUCUUAAUUUCUGGUGGUCAUACUGGGUUUAUCCUGCAGAGAGAGGAAACCCACCAUGGCUUCUCAGACUGAGAGGUUAGUCAUUUAAGCAUGAUUGUACAUUAAUUAUGCCUUUUCCUUAUAUUUCUCUAUGCUCUGUCCCAGCUUUUUGGAAACUAUGUACAGAUGUAACGCGUGCGUAUCAUUAUGUGAACAGACAAAGAGUAAGAAAGCUGCUAUCUUGUCUUAACAGUGCUGGUUGUGGCAGGACUUAACCAUCAAGUGACUGGGUUAUAUCAGUUCUUGUCACUUUCUUGUUGUUUAUCUGAUGAUAAUCCUAACCCACGCACCUGACAUCUACACACUACUGCAGACGACACAGGAGGGUAUCACAAUAAGAGUCCCAGUAGAUUUCGUAACACGUGAGACAUCAAGGUGAUGUUUUUAUUUUGAUUGCUGUAUAAAGACUUUUCAACAAGAAUGUAUACAACAGUUUUUCACCUAACUAGACAAUGACACAUGAAGUUUGCCUUAUGCCACAACCAAACAACCAAACCAGCGUGAUAUUUGCUGUAUUAUUGCAAUAUAUCAAGGAGAUGCUACAUCUAAUAGUGCCAAUCAUUCAUGUGUAAUUCAUGUGAUAGUACAUAAUAUAUAUAUAAUGUAAGUAAUUGGAAGAAACAAUUUGAUAUGUUUAAGUGUGAGUUGUACAACAAAUAGAGACUCUGAAGAAUGUAUUUUCUGUUUUGAUACUCAUGCUGGUCAUGCACCCAUCUGCUAAUAAAAAUCUGAAAAGAUGCCAAAUGUG